AUACAGACGUCAUGUUCCCUCACAGGUGCUGUGCUAAAUCUUCCUUUUGAAACCAGAACUGCUCAACAAUUUCGUACAAUAAGGAUUAAAUGUGAAGUAAAAGGUGAGAAUUUUAUCGCCUGGGAAACACCUUCCAGGGAAGCAAGUUUUGGGCUUCCCGCUAUUGAAAGCAUUAACAUCACGUUGAAUCAGGAGUCUGGUAGAUUACGGGUACAAGCAAACGAUCAUUACUACGUUCUGGUGAUAGAAGACGUCAAAGUUGAUGAUGGAGGUAAUUACACAUGCUGGGGAUCUGAGGAAUCAAAGAGCUUCACUCUGGAGGUCGAUUGUAAGUGUUAAGAAAUAAGACUUAAAAUAUAACCUGUUCAGGCGUUCGGUUAGUACAAUGACGAGCGAUUGCACGAGCACGAUACUUGCGAGUGAGUGAAAAGGCGAAGGUGGUUUGGGUCGGGCUGGGCCGGGUACCCGACCCAAACUUCCCCCGCUUUUUCCCCCUUCCGCUACCAUACUACCGCCUUUUACUAUCGCGCUUUGUGUCACUGACUGGACGCCUGGACCGACUACUUUAAAUACGUUUAAUUCAACUUAAUGUCGCAUCUGAUUCAGAGACUUUAGACAAAGUACUUGGAACCUUUUCGUUUUGGGGUAAACAGUAAUUCGACCUCAUGCACUUCAUUAGGGUUCAUAUCUCGGGGGCGUAAACCGGUUUUUUUUUUUAAGACACAAAAUAAUGUUAGAAGUGGUGCUUUAAACCUGUUCAUUUUCCACACAAGUCAUUGUUUAUACAAGCCGCAGCUUUUGUAAUACGAGGGGUUUUGGUGAGUCUUUAGUCAGCUGUGACCUCUGUUAGAUGUGAAAUCAAUCAUACAAAUGCAUCGCAUCUUACCGCGGCUCACGUUACACACAAAAUCACAUCGCGCAAGCCCACAUUUCACUUUUCUUGCGCUUGCUCAUGAAGGCUCUGAAGGGUAAAUGGUUAACUGAUGUAUGCUUUAUAACUCCAGGCAAUUUAGGAAGAAAAAACAAUUCUUACGAUUUAGCAGAGGUGAUAAAUGAAAGCAGUGAACUUCUGUGAGUCAUUUACGUGAACAUUUUUGCGUCAUGUUUGAGAAGCGCUGGUAUCACUAAUGGCCCAGUUCACGGCUUAUCAACGUCACACCAUAAUUUUCCUCUGUAAACGUCCCUAACCUCACCUUUUCACCAGUUUUUAGCCAUGGCGUCAAGACACCUCAACGACUGAACUACGGCCAAAAUGGUACUAUACAACUAGAACUAUCCGCUUACCCACCACUGAAAUAUCAUUGGACAAAAGAUCGCGAGGAGUUGACUCUUCCCACGGACGGGAAGGUCAUGGAUCCAUAUAGUGGCUCAAUAAGAAUCACCAGGGUAGGGAGGGACGACGCUGGAAUGUAUACAUGUAGAGCGGUUUGGAAGGAGGGAAGGUCUACGGAGACUGAAGACUCUGUUGAAAUUGAAGUCUUUGUUGUGGGUGAG